AUGUUAAAUUAAGAAUUCUAUGACAAUGCAUUGAAAACAUUGCAAUAAUUGUCACCUGAAAUAUAAGAAUAUUAAUUUCCUCAUUUAAGAUUGUUUACAGAUGGAGAUGAAUUUUAUUGUAUAAAUAAUGAUGAUUAUAGAGAAAUUAUGGUAAAUGAUUGACGAAUCAAAAACAUAUUGUUGGAUUUUGACUUAUGCUAUGGACAAGAGUUUAGCAGCCAAUAUAACUCUUUAUAAAUUAAUUAAUGCAUAAUAAAGAGGUGUUAAUGNAUUUUGA